AUGUUUGGAAUCUUCGCGGACUUGAUGUCCUCGGUCAUCACGAUCCUCUUCCCCGUUUUCGCUUCCUACAAGGCUCUCCGUUCCUCUGACCCCUCACAACUCGCACCAUGGCUGAUGUACUGGGUGGUGCUUUCAGUCAUUCUGCUGGUUGAAUCCUGGACUGUGUUUAUCAUCGGAUGGUUCCCAUUCUACAGCUGGAUCCGCCUCGGUUUCAUGGCUUAUCUCGUCCUCCCCAGACGCAAGGGGCUCGCACACUACAUGAUCGGCAACACUCAUGAGCGGGCCAAGGCACUGGGUCUUCAAUACUUCUACCAAGCUAUCGAUUUAAUCCGGCAAAAGGUCUUGGGUCUACCCCCGCAACGCCCCACGACACCUCCUCAGCCAGGUGCCGCUUCCUACGCGCAGUCGCUACUAUCGCGUUUCAACAUCCCCAGUGCCGGAGCACCUGGGACGUCCGCCAACGCAAAUGAUUGGUAUUCUGUGCUGAGUACCGCUGUGGGCUCGGUCACAUCUGGAAAGUCUCGGGAAGCGCGGGAUCAGGAGCUUUCAGCCAGUGGCAAUCUUCUUCAGCGCCAGAUGCAGUCCAUGUCUGGAGCCGAGAAGGCUCACUUUAUUUCCUCGCAGCGAGAGCUGCUAGACCACCUCCGGUCAACCCUAACACAAGAGGAGCAGAGCAGCUCUCGGGGUGGGCUCGAGGCUGAUGACCUUGCCUACGGCGUGCCGUUACGCAAGAACCGCAGCGAGAACUCCUUCGAGGUUGUUGAUGAUGAGGAUCUAGGACGUCGCCCCGAACGAAAGACUAGUGGUGGAUGGGCAUCUGGUUGGUUCGGCAACGAGCGAGAUUCUUCGGGUUCAUCUGGUACUGACUUCGCGGCGCGGGCUGUCGAUGAGAUUGCCCGGUCGCGCGCAACCGGGUACGACCGAUCUUGA